AUGCCCGUAGGCGAAGGCACGGCGAGGGCGACGACGACAACGGCUGCAUCCUCGCCUGGUCCUGCGACUGGGCUGUCGCUGAGGCAGACGCGAGCUCUCUUCGAUAUUCUCACCCACUACGAGACAUAUGCUGAGAUAUCAAGCUUCAAGGCCCCUGGAGCCAUUGCCAGCUAUGGAUUCCCGUUCAGAAAAGAAUCCGCGAUGACGACGACGACGACUACGCCUUGUGCCACUGCCCCGAGUACGCCGCGCGCAAGGACGCCCAUCGCGUGGUUUUCCUCGUCAGAAGCUAGGAAAGAAAGGCCUGCCAGUACCAAAAGUCUGGACGGGGAGGAUGACCGCGACUAUGUUUCGACGUCGCCUAUAUUGCAGCUGCUCCUGACGAGAAUCGUUCUGCCCCUGCCCGGUAUCGGCGACAUCCCCAGAUCGUUCUGGAAUGUUCGCGUACAGAGUAUCAUGUCGAGGUUAGGAGAAGCAGAGCUGUCAGAAAGUUAUGACAAGGGCGCAAUGGGGACGCGGAAGACGCUUGCUACGGGGACGAGCGCCGUCAUCGAGAUGCUGGGCCGCGGAAUCCUGGGUGGCGUGGAUAAGCAGGAGUCAAGUGUGGAUGAUUCUGAGUAUCAUGACGCAAGUGCCGACGAUUUGGGGCGCGCUUGGGGUAAUGUGAUUGAGGGACUGGUUUACGGCGACUUGGUGGAUCAAUUAUUUGACCAUUUUGUCCAUUCCGACGACUUGGAGAGCCUGUCUCCAACAGUCAAGGCUUCUGUGCGCCACAACAUCCUUCACAUCGCGGCCCUAGUCCACCAAAUAUUCAUUCUCUCGCCCGAGGGCCAAUACCUUCUCAAACUCCUCGAAAACGUUCAUUCCCUCGUCCCCUACACGCUCCUCAAAUCAACGCUGCGCAUAGGCAACGCAGCCACCAUGUUGAGCGGCAUGAUCCGCAUCCUCCUCGCCAAACUCAGCGUGGCAAGCGUGACCAACUGGGUCGGGCUCACGCAAAACGCAGACGACGGUAUGAACCUCCUGCAGCGUAUUGUGGCCGCCGUUUUGUCCUGGGACGCGAGUGAGUUUAAAAAGAGUGCAGAAAAGGUGGAAAAGGCCAAGGACGGCCCGACUGAUGAAAUGCUACGCACCAUCAGAGAGCACAUCGAUGAUGCGAGGUCGGAGCACGACACCGUCAGGGAAGCGAGCCAACAGAACUCGCAGUCGAUCAUCACAGCCAUUUUCAACGCGAGGGAUCCUGCGCUCAAUGAGCGAUUGACAGAGACUCAACACGCCCAGUGUCUAGAGUAUUAUUCUGCGCUGCUGUCCGUCAGGGAUAGAGACUGCAUCACGGGGGCCAUUUGUCGCCAGCCUCCGGACAUGUUUACGCAGGCGAUCAAAGACGUUGUCGCUGCCUACGAGCCAAUGAUUCGGACUGUGCACUCCCAUGUCGACCUGAGAGAACACUUUGAUGCGUUUCAAAUCUUUCUAGAAGAAUUUAUAAGGGCAAGCAGACCGAAGAAGUCUCUCGGCUCGACGGAAGAGAAGAUGGCCAGUGUAGAGGACUACGUCGACCUCCUCAUGCGGCAUCAACGGCCGUUGUAUAGAUGGAUCCACGCGUUGGCGAGUCAAUGUCCCGACAUUUGGGAGCGUCUGCGCGCAUGGGGGAACGAAAUGAUUGCGCAGUUUCGGAAACCAUCGGAUCCCUCCUCAGAUGUCCAUUCCAUACUCAACAAGCUCUACACAGACGUCGAGGCGGCCACCCAGCCCCAAGUUCUCGAGGCGAUCAAUUCCCACGCCGCCUACCUCGACACUGUGAACGCCAUCUCUCACGCGCGAAUGCAGUACCUGGUCACGGCGGCCGAUUCAGCGGGCGGAACUACCAAGGGUCCGGGCAUGUAUAUGGAUCGAUGGCAGUCGUUACUCGACGAGACGCCCAUCACGCCGGGGACGCGAAAGGGAGCGGUCAGAAGGGGCAAAGACGUCAAGCACAUCACCACAAUGGGCAAGACGGGGCCCGGAGGCAAGAAUCUGGAGCGAAAUGUGGAAUGCGGCCAUGUCCCGGCACCCGAUGUGAGCGUCGUGGUGAGCGUUCUGGGGGCGCGGUUCAGGAACGAGCUGAGGGGGCUGGCAUUGAAGUAG